AAAUCGAGGUAGAGAUGUAUCGCGAUCCUGACUUCAAACCCAAAUGGAAGUUAUCCCUUUUGUGAUUUAAUAGAGCCGCUUGUUUUUUCGUGUCAUAAUAUGGACCGCGGUAUCGGAUAAUAAAUUCUGAGUUUGUUCGUUGUGGAGGUGGGGACGACAGGGAGAUCACAGAGGAUUCGUCUCCUCCCUGCAGCGCCAUGUCGGGGGCGCGCACGGUCGGCGUGCGAUGCCGCGUGCUGGGUCGUAGAUCUCCGAUUGUCGUGUUCUUUGGCGGAUUUGCGCUCUUCGGCACUUUUUCCACGGCUGAGGUGGUAAAAAUUGCUGCAGACCAGCAUGCCGCAGCCACGAAGACUAUUCUAGAGCAGGACCUGGGGGAGAAAGGGAAUUCACUUGCGCUGCACAUGAAGAACCAUGAUGAAGACAUCCUUGUAGAAUCUAGCGUGCCGUCAAACAAGUCAAUAAAGACAGGCCUUGUGCAGGACCAUGGAGCAAGCAAGAUGGACUUCGAGAAGACGCUAAAGCAGGUUCAGGAGGGGGCUUAUCAUCUCGUAGCGAACAAAUUCGCGCCGAAUUCAACCGAGUACGAUCGUCUCUAUUUAAGGGUAGUCGUGGAUCAAGGUCAAGGGCAUCUUCAUCUCAUCCUCAUGUAGACUUCUAUCCUCUUUUUUAAUAGUCCGAGGCCCCAUGGAGGAUUUCCCUGAGAUUUAAGAGAAAUCAAGAACAAGACUAUUACUAUUGUGCUGAGAGAUUCACUAAAAACAAUUAGAACCAGUACUGUUGGACCAUUCGAACACAGACUGUUAAGUCGCGUCUAGUUUCUCGGUGAGAAGCGCUUGACUUUGAUGCAGAUUGCACUACUGCACUCACAGCCUGAGACUAACGGCCUCUGCCUGCUUUGAUCCCUGUGAAUAUUCAUUGGGGUUGCAAGGAGGAAGUCUCAGCUUCUUCAUUGGGAUACCAUGACACAUGGGGAAACUUCACAAGCUUCAUAUGGGGACGCCUAUGCUAUCGUCAUUGACUCAUACGAUCAUCCUCCUACUUGGUGCGCAUCUUUGAUCAGAACUGACAAGCGCAAGACGUUAUGGGCCUGAUUACAGCUAUGAACAUUCGUUAUUUCUGCUAUCUGAAUACGUUGAAGGUCCUUUGCCUGUUGAUCGUUGACUUUGGAACUAUAUGCGUCUAGGUCUUUAGGUUAUCUUUGAGAUCUUUCCGGUGUUGCUUUGUCCUUGACUGUAUUGGGAGGCUUGAGCCACAAACGAGAGAGAGAGAGGAGAAGCCGAAGACCAAGACACCCGCGCGACGGUAAACCCGUCGGGCGUUUGGAUAGUGCUCCGGUAACCUUUUGCCUGGCGAUCUUGGUCAUUUCGUUGAUCUUCAUGCGUCUGAUCUUUGUGACAUUUCCAGGGUUUUGAUCUUGACCAAUAAGUCCGGACGAUCAUGCUUAUUAAUAAAUGUAGAAGUACUACUGUCGCUGUCUCUAAUUUGCGCUACGUGGCUAAUCCCCAGGUUUUAUAAACUGAUGACACAAGUUGCCGGAGUGGAAUCAACGAAGGAUACUCGGGAAGAACAUCACUUCGACCACGAUCACUCGGCUCUCAACAAAAAAGCGAAAUAUCAACACGACUUUGUACAUGCUGAUGCUGGUGUGAAGCAAGAUCACAGUACUGCGAUGAAGAAAAAUGCAACCUCCUCGUCCGCAGCUGCAUCAAUGUCUUCUAAGGUGAGAACGAGAGCUCAUCUCGACGCUCACAGCAGAAGAACUAGAAGAACCAAUACUAAAUUGGGAGAUGAAGAAAAGAAGGAAAAUAUCAAAAAGAACACCUUUUUACUACAGCACAAAGAACAGGAGCAAGCUUAUUUGAGAAGCCCAACAGCAACUACAAAUGCGCGUGUAGUGAAUAGAGGAGAUCAUGCAACUGCUCGUUAUCAGCACCUCCGUAGCAGUCUGGUUGUCGGUAUCAAGAGUGCAGCGACGUGGGCCGAGUCGAGGCGCGUGCACCGCGAGACCUGGAUGCAGCUAGGCAACUGCGUCAGCAGCCGCAGCGUUGCCGCAGGCAAGGUGACGCCACGAUUUCUGAUCAGCAACCGCGAAUUAGAAGUCGGCGGAUCCAUCACCAGCGCUGACGUUUCGACGUCUUUCUUUCUUGAGCGCGAAGAAAUGAAGAGCAAUAUGAUGGAGAAAAGCAGUAGUACAACUAGUAGUACUGCGGCAACAAGAACAUCUUCUACUUCUGCAACUCCAGGGGCCGCUUCCUCUUCAUCUACUGCACUAAAGCAAGAAGAGAAAGAUCAUGAUAUUAAAAGCCGAAAGAAGCAAAAGGAGACGCUUGUUCAGCUCACUCCUGCAUUGCGCAAAGAGCAGGAGCAGUAUGGGGACCUUGUCUUUCUAGACUCGUCUCCGAUUGGCAGCCAGCUCCAACUGAUGUCCGACGACAAACUCAAGUCGUUAGCCUGGAUCCGUCGAGCUGGUGAGGAUCCUGCAUUCGAAAAUGCUACGUUUGUCGCAAAAAUGGAUAUGGAUACCUUCAUCUCGCCGUGUGAUAUCCUCGAAGACAUGGAGAAAAACGCCCUAGUCGAUGACGUUGAGAAGACCACUCUUAAAAGUAGAAGCACGACUAGUACAUCUGUACAUGAUCAUCACCGUAGAAGCUCAACAAGUCCAUCAAGAAGUACUAGGACGUCAACAUCAUCCUCUUCAUCUUUAUUUGUACGAGAAAAGAUGCUUUCUGCUACUGCUUCAUCUAGUCGUGCAAAGUCUCACGGCGCCCGUGCCCAAGGGGCUGGUGAUUCAACUCCUGCCUUGGCAUCAAACACACGGCGCAACCGGUUACAUGGUCGUGCUCACAAAAAGGCAAGCGAUCUGCUGAAGCACAGAAAAGGGUCGCCGAAUGUGUUGACCUCCAUGAUCUUGUCUAGUAACGGCGGCGAAGUGCACGAGGCUACGUCGGCUUCGGACUCAAACGUGAGAUGGUCUUCAUCCGAUCUCUCAGCAUCAUUUCAUCCGCAUCUAUACUAUGGGCAGAUGAAUGGAAACCGAACACUGUUCAACCCCUAUGCGUACCCAGAUAUCGCAGAGUGCACCCCGAAGAUCGAGGGGACAACCGACCACAAUCCAUUCAUGCAAGGCGGGUAAUUUUUAACCUUCGAAUUCGAUGCCGUUGUACGCGUCUGCCUUUACCCAUCGUUGUACAAUCAAGAUGAAGUGUUGCACUACCGAUCGAAGUUUUUUUGGCGUGAGGACUGUUGACACUACAACACGUUGAAGUUGAUGUUCAUGAAGAAAUUAUCUUUCAAUUCACUGUGCACGACCUUCUAGUGGUACACCUCGUAAACUGCAUGCUGUCUAGGCGGAGAUGAUCAUCAGAAUUUAUUCUUUGCGUCUGUAACCACAGGUUCUACGCAAUAUCGUCUGACUUGGCCCGAUGGUUUGCCCAUUCUGCACGAUAUCCAGCGCACAUGAAAAGUGAAGAUCAAACGAUGGGCUGCAUGAUGUUUAAUGCCGUCAAGCAGAAAGUUGUGCCUGCGAGCGCCGUGCAUCCCGCAGUGUGGGAACAAGAUUAUGAGGCAGAAAUUGAAUUCUGAGUAAGAGUACUUACUUGCUCUUAUGUACUACAUCUACUACUUAUAAUAUAAAUAUUAUAUACAUCUAGUUUGAUUAGAGUAGGUGUACGUCGUUCUUUUGCACUUCAACAAAGCCUAUUGCUACAAACUUGCACAACUACCUAGUAUUGACAAAUGGUAAUACAACAGCUACCGGGAGCCAUAAUUCUUAAAUUGAUUGUUCUUCUAGUUCUCUUCAUACCUUCGGAUGCGAUCAACACUGGUGCGCGGCUUGGGAUCCGCGAAAGAGGCGGUUUUUAUUCAAACACCUGUGGUACGAGUUUGUUGCGAACGAAGGUCUGCCACGUGCCUAUCAUAUCGAUGUUUCCGACAUCCUGGAUUGGAGUGACAACGAUGAUGGCAUCAGAUCAUGA